AUGUUUGCCGACGAGCUCAAGACCUUGCGGAGAUUAGGCUUCCGCCAUGUCCUGCUCCAGGUCCUCAAUUUCAUGUCAGUGCUUGCCUCUGGGUUCAUGAUGUGGAAGGGUCUUGGGCUUGUUACCAACACCGAGUCGCCGAUAGUUGUUGUCCUGAGUGGUUCUAUGGAGCCAGCAUUUCAUCGUGGCGACUUGCUUUUCCUAACGAAUCCUCUUGAUCAACGAUAUCAAGCAGGAGAUAUCACCGUGUACAAAAUCCCUGGUGCUGAUAUUCCCAUUGUUCAUCGAGUGCUCGAAACACAUGAUGGUGUCACAAUCAAGAAAGGUCGUAUUGCAGCAAGCCGCAUAGCUCAUGACCAGCUGCUAUUGACUAAGGGAGACAACAAUUAUAUCGACGAUCUUGAACUGUAUCAAGGACUUGAGUGGCUUGAACGACAGCAUAUAGUAGGCAAGGUCCGCGGUUUCCUCCCAUAUGUCGGCUAUGUAACAAUAGCUAUGAACGACUUUCCACAACUGAAGUACGCCCUUCUUGGAGGCCUCGGAUUACUAGCGUUAGUUCAGCGCGAGUAG